AUGAGUCUACGGGGUUUGUAUGAGGAGGCGGUUGCAGAAAACCAGUCUGAUCUUGAAGAAUGUCUUCGAAGAUAUGACGUAUCGCUCUCAGAGAACCCAGUGAAUUUGCCCAUAUUAAAGCGCCGUGUUGCGUUGUUGCGAACAAUAGGGAAGCCAGAGCUGGCGAUUAGCAGCUUAGUGGAUUUCCUGAAUGCUGUCCCGACCGAUGCAGAGGCCUGGUGUGAACUCGCAGAAUUAUACUAUGCACAAGGGAUGAGUUCACAAGCAAUAUUCAGUCUCGAGGAAGCUCUCUUAAUAGCACCUAGUGCCUGGAAUGCUACUUCCACGUUUUCAGCUAUAAAACACCGAAAAGGUCAUCUGCAAGCUUCAUUGCCGACAGUGGAAACACUUUCCAAUAUUGAAAGAUUGAAUACUUUUGCAAAACAUGGUCUGGAGGCUAUUGUGAAACGGCGAUCCCUGAACCGUCAACUUCGGGACUAUGCGCAAGGUGAGCUCAUGGCAGCGAAGGAGCUGCUAGGUCACAUGCAGCAAUAA